UUUACUUCUCUACACUACUCUACUCUUAUAGGAAGUAUGCCAAGUCAAAAUUUAAUAUGAACAAAUCACUAAUAAUUUUAAACAUAUUAGACGAUGAAAAUUCAUCGCAUCAUUUAAAAAUAUAUAUCGAUUAAAAAAAAAACCGUGUAAUACAGUUCAUAUUUUAUCAAUUUCAUCCAAUUAUUUUUAAAUAAAAAUUUAAGAAGGUAUAAAAUUUAUUUAUAUUUUGACAUCCAACAGAGUGUCAAGAUACUAAAGAAACCUGCAGUCUGGUCGAAAUUUUUACUUUUUGUAUUUUGUUGUGCAUUUAUUUCCAGUUUUUAGGUUUUUUUAUUUUGUAAUUAUAAUUAUGCGAAAUUUUUUCUUUUGGUUUAUAAGACUAGAAAAAGCAUUGCUGAUAUUUUUUUUGCUUUGUGUUUCUUUGGCAGCGAGUGAUCUAAAUGCAAGUCAAUGCUAUCAAAAACAGUUUUCUUAUGGAAUUGUGUGUGUUUGCAAUUCCACUCAUUGUGAUUUUACACCUCAACCAAAAAAAUUACCUAAUGGGAAAUAUAUCCUUUAUACAUCAUCAAAUGAAGGUAGUCGAUUUACCAAAAGUAAUGGCUCGUUUGUGCCAUUUAUUGAUUCACAGUGGACUAGCAAUGAAAUAAAUGUAGAUGAGAACACAAGUUAUCAAACUAUCGAAGGGUUUGGUGCAGCUUUCACAGAUUCUGCAGGGCUAAAUAUAAAAUCGUUAAGCAAUAAAACCCAAGAGAACUUAUUGAGGUCAUACUUUGGUGAUGAUGGUAUUAAAUACAAUAUUGGUAGGGUACCAAUUGGAGGAAGUGAUUUUUCUACCAGAGCAUACACAUAUGCUGACGAAAAAGGAUCCUCAGAUUUAGCAAAUUUUAGUCUACAAACUGAAGACCUAGAGUUUAAGAUACCUUUUAUAAGAAUUGCUCAGUCAAAGACAUCUGAAGAAUUGAAACUUAUUGCAUCAUCAUGGUCUGCUCCAAUUUGGAUGAAAACAAACAAUGCUAUUUCUGGUAUUGGUUUUCUUAAAACAAAAUAUAUGGAGUUAUGGGCUAAAUAUCAUUUAAAAUUUUUAGAUGCUUAUAAAAAUUUUAAUAUUACAUUUUGGGCUUUAACUACUGGAAAUGAGCCAUUAAAUGGUAUUAUACCCUUAAAUCGUUUUAACUCAAUGGGUUGGACACCACAAUCGCAUCGAGAUUGGAUUGGUCAAUACAUGGGACCUAUAUUAAAGUCUUCUGAGUAUAAUAAAACAUUGCUCUUUGCAAUAGAUGAUCAAAGAAUUGUACUUCCUUGGUGGAUGAAAAUGUUGAUGAGUGAUAAAGAAGCAGCAAAGUACAUAGAUGGUGUUGCAGUUCACUGGUACUUAGAUUUUAUUGUUCCAGUUAAUGUUUUGAGUGAAGUUCAUGAUAGUUUUAGUAAUAUUUUAAUCCUUAAUACAGAAGCAUCACAAGGUGAUAGACCUUGGGAUUUUGUUAAAGUACAGUUGGGCAGUUGGAAUAGAGCAGAAAAAUAUGCAGAUAACAUAAUUGAUGAUUUAAAUCAUUGGGUUCAAGGGUGGUUAGAAUGGAAUUUGGCCUUAGAUACAACAGGUGGGCCAAAUUGGGCAUCUAACUACGUUGAUGCACCAAUUAUUGUAAAUAAAAAUAAAGAUGAAUUCUAUAAACAGCCCAUGUACUAUACAAUUGGUCAUUUUUCUAAGUUUAUUACUAGAGGUUCAGUACGAAUUAAGUUAUCAUUAUCAUCAGCUAUAAAAUCUGUUGGAUUUAAGAGGCCAGAUGGUGCAAUUGUAAUAGUUUUAUAUAACAGACGAAGUAAGAAUAUCAAUGUUUUGAUAAAAGACUCAAAACGGGGAAACAUUGGCUUGAGUUUACAAAAACAAUCUAUUAACACCUUAAUUUAUUGGUGAGAAGGACUGACUAAAUUAUUGACUUGGAUUAGACAAUUAAAUAUAUUGUAUACAUACAUACAAACUUGAUACUAUUAUUAAAAUCUGAGUAAUAAUAUUCAAUAUUUAUAAAUGUUGAAAUAUUUUAGUACGAUAAUUAACCAUGAGUAAAAUAAAAUAUCUUUUAAUAAAGGUGAAAAUGUUGUUUGUUUCACUAUGAUUAUCUCCCUUUAUUUUUGAAAAAAUG